AUGUCGGAUAGGUUGACUCAACUACAGGAUCUAAUAAAUGAGUUGGCGUCGUUUAUGACAAAUGCGAUUGGAGUGCUUCAGGCAACAGCUCCACCUUGCGAUUUUGAUCGAAGCAAUCCAGUAUUGAUAGAUUCUUUUCCUAUAGAAGAUGCUGGCAAUGGAGACACUGUAGAACAAUUAUUACAAGUGGAUGCUGAGCGGUCAAAGGUAGCACGCGAGCUGGAAAAUGUAGUUAGUGAAGGCGAAGAUCUAGUGCACCGUAUACAACAACGGUUAUCAGAUAUUGCUCGGGUUCAGAUUAUGUCUAGGCCUUCCUGUUGA